AUCGAACCCAUCUUGGAUGGGACUGGCCUCGGUUGAGUGAUAUGUGCGCUGUGCACCCGUGGGGAUGAUCGCGUGCAAGUCGCCUUUCUUGUGCACAUGAGACAAACAGGGGAAUCACCGGGUCACAAGUUUGCAAAUUGCUGCUGAAUGGCAUGUUCAGCCUGCCACAAAACCCUCCAGCCCACAGCAUUGCUGCUACUGGAACGGAACCUGUGAGUGACAGAGUAUGCUUUGGAGAAGAACCCACAGAUGUGCGCGAUUGCCUCCUAGAGCAUCGCAGCUCCUCAGCCACGACAUGGUCAAUAUUCAUGUAGUCUGGCAGCGCAAACUGCAGCACCACACAACCACACGAUACCCACCGACACCAGCGUGACGGAUGCUCACCGACGCCCUUUUGAAUCGCAACGAGAUCAUUUUUCUUAACCGGCCCGGGCUUCCCACCACCCGUUCCCUCAACCCGACUCCCCCUUUUUGGUGACCCCGCCGCCAAGCCACAACCAGAUGACAAAUCGAUGGGCACUGUUUACUGCGGUCACGCGAGCCAGCCUCGGGCCAACCCGUUGCCUCUGACUUGAAGCCGAAGCAAUCCUCCCUGCCAUGGGCCUUCAACCUAGAUUACCAGGCCGUCUGGCCGCGCUGGCGCUGCUGCUCGGCCUCCUGCUGGCCGUCGCUCGUGCCGCUGAUUUUCCAACCAACUGUACGAACGUUCCUCGUCGCCCCGAACCUCUUUCGACUUUCAGCCACCAUACCAUCGACCGACCGCUCACCUCACGACUUGAACCACCUGCCCCAACAGGGAUCUUUUCCGGAGACACGGCCCUCCUUCCAUCCACCAACGCCCAGCUACCUGAUGCGGGAUGGGAGCAAGCUCGUGACACCUGCGAAGGGCUAGGUGCCAUCUUGGCGACCCUGGACGAUGCCGCAGACCUCGAACUCGUGUCCAACCUUCUUGCCCCGCUUGGCCUCACCUCUACCAACCUCUGGCUGGCCAGGACAGCGAUGCUCGCUGCCUUGGUCUGCUGGGUGACAUUCUUCAGCCGGCCACCUGCGGCUCCCAGAAGCCCUUUCUCUGUCGUGCACCAGGUCUGUCCUUCCACACGCGACCCGACCUUGCUUUUUCCAAACCCCGACCAGUCUUCGCGCCAAGCUGCGCCAUCAACAUCGCUUGGACUCAUCACAAUUAACGCUCUGCACGGCUUUUGGCACCGCUUGCUCGCAGCAAACUUAAUCCGAGAUAUAUUGGCCUCCCUUACAUGUGAUGAGGGCUGUCCCGAUGACGCCGACUGUAUACUGGGCACCUGUGUCUGCCGAGCACCAUUUUUUGAAAGUGAUGGCCAAGGCGGAUGCCGAGCCCGUUGCGGCUCCAAUGACCUCCUCAGCCUGUUGCUGCAAGUGCCGUGUGGUAAUCAUCGCGUAGGUAAUCAAAGCCUCAGCUGUGCUGGCACCGACCUCGUGCGUGACACAGCCGCGUGCCUCCUCGAGCCCGUCGAGCGCAUCCUCGAUCUGGCUCUCGAGGUGAUUCCCCUCAACGACUGGCUCGAAGCCGCCGAAGCCCUGGCCUUCCCUCUGCUGGAGACCCUGACCGAGUCUGAGCUAAAUGCGCUGGCUCAAAUCUGGGAUUUGCCCAUCGUCUCGGCCGUGGGCUUGGACGACGCCGCCGUUGCCGUGCUUCGCGUCACCGCCAACCUCCUCAAUCAAACGAUGCUGGCCGCCUCGGAAUCGGUUUUUCAACCCUUCCUCCUCCCCCUGGACCUGCCUCUCAAGAGCCUGAUAUACAUCAUCGAGCACACCCUCAACAGCCUCAGCAAGCUGCUUCUUGGUGAAUACCUGUGGAUUGAGUAUGGCAAUGGCUACAUCCUCACUCAGUUUGCUCAAACGAGCAUGUGGAACACCUCCACCUCCUGGCAAGUCUUGUACCCGGAACUCGACGGUGUCGUGCGUGCCGACGUGGUGCUGCCCUUUGAAGCCUUCCAGCUCGCACACCAGGCCUACCUCCUCACUCUGCCCAACGGUACCGAAGCUCCAGCCGCGGGUGAAGGCACCGACGAGGGUGACGGCCAUGGCGAGGCUGCAGCCACCUGGAUUCCCACGGCCACCAUCAUCUAUUUCGAGGACGCCCGCAUGUUUCCACUCUUGCCCACCCUAGCCAACUUUAGCAUGAGCAAUCACAGCAUCACAACCAACAGCACCACCGGCACGAACAACACCAUCAAUGGUACCUCCCCGACGGCCAACGCCACAAGUGAGCCCGCCGUAGACUACUCGGCCCUCGAGCUCGUGCGCUCCCCAAUUCUGAGCAUCACGCUGAUGGACCUGCCUGCGGACAGCGACCUCUCUGCCAGCCCCGUCAAAAUGCACUUUACUGGCUUCAACUCAUCAGAUUUCUUCCCUAUCUGUGCCUGGUGGGAUGCCGGCCGCUGGAAUACCUCGGGCUGCACCACCAUUGUCUUAUCCGACCAUGACAUUGACUGUGUCUGCACCCAUCUGACCUCCUUCGCCGUCCUGACGGGGGCCCCGACCACUGGCGCCUCACGCGGUGGUGGGCGAGGCGGUAGCACCGAGGACAAGAUGGCCGAGGAAAUCGGCGCUAGCGGCGGUGCGGAUUCCACCACCGCGCUCUCGGCCGCAGAGGCCCGGGCCAUGGGCGUGCUCAGCCUCGUGCUGGUAUCCCUCUCAAUGCUAGGUGCCAUUGCUGCUCUGGCCGUGAUUGUCUUUGGGUGGCAUGCCGCGCGUCCCUACCAUCACAACCUCGUCCUCCUUUCCCUCGUCCUCCUUGGAGUCUAUGUCCUCUUCUUCGUGGUCGCCCUCGCGGCGCCCAGUGACGACACCAAUUGCACCGCCGUGGCCUGGCUCUUGCAUUUUGCUGUUGUGCUGCUCAUGUUUGCCUCAACGUGCCAGGCCUACCAAUUCCGACAAGACUUUGUCGUGGUGUUUGCCAACACGCAGCGGACCGCAAUCAUGCGGCGCUUCGGUCUAGCCCUGGCCCUGGCCCUCGUUGUGUGCGGCCUAUCGGCCGCCGUGGCGCCCAGGGACUACGGUUCAGACCAAGCCUGCUUUCUGUCGCCGGGUGGCUUGGCCAUUUGGUUUCUGUGGGGGCCUUGCGCUCUGGCCUUGUUGAUCAACAUUGUCAUUUUUCUGGCCGUCCUGCAAAGCAUCGCUCGUGAGUCGCGGGACGUGAGCCGCUCCAAGGCCAUUUGGGUGGCCAUGGGCGCCUUCCCCAUUGCCCUCAGCCUGGGUUGGCUCCUUGCAGUCUGGCUCAUCCUCUACCCAUCCCUGACGGCCGAGGUGGCCUUUAUCGUCGUCAAUUGUCCCCAGGGCCUGCUUCUCUUCUUUGUCUUUGUCUUUCGCGACGACCGACUCUGGAAACAGGCCCGGCACCAACUUGUGCGCUGGUGGACUGAUAGCGAGCACUCGUCUUCCCUACCUUACACAGAGAAACCACCCUCCUCCACAGGAUCUACUCGCGUCAGUCGCGCGUCCACGCCGACGCUUCACACCGACGAGCAAGGCCCGCUGAGCCGCCGUUCCAGCGUCAGCAGUAGCGGAAGCCGCUUUGUCCUCACGCGUCCCCACUUUAAAAAGGGCCCCAUGAUGAGCAUGAUCUCUGAGGCCCGUUUGUACGAGUUGGACGAUUCCGAUGAAGAACAUCAGGAAGUGCGCGUGUGCCAAGCCUACGAUGUCUGA